AUGGCACUUACAUACCAGCAGUCGAAGCUCGUCAAGGACACGAUCCCGGCGCUCCGGGAGAAGGGCGAGCAAAUCACCACCAGCUUCUACAAGACCAUGCUGCAGAACCACCCGGAACUCAACGACUACUUCAACAGCGUCAACCAGAAGAACGGGCGGCAGCCGCGGGCGCUGACGUCGGUGAUCCUCAACUUCGCGUCCAACAUCAACCACACCAGCGAGCUGAUCCCCAAGCUGGAGCGCAUGUGCAACAAGCACUGCUCGCUCGGCAUCCAGCCGGAGCACUACGGCAUCGUCGGCAAGUACCUCCUCGGCGCCUUCGGGGAGGUGCUGGGCCCGGCCAUGACCCCGGCCGUGCUGGCCGCCUGGGAGAGGGCGUACUGGCUGCUCGCCAAGAUGCUGAUGGGGCGGGAGGCGCAGCUGUACCGGGCCUUUGCGGCGUGGCCGUCGUGGCGCGCGUUCCAGGUCGACCGCGUGGUGCGCGAGGCCGGCGCCGACGGCGACGACAUCUACUCCUUCUACCUGGUGCCGCGCGACGGCGCGCCGCUGCCGCGCUUCCUGCCCGGCCAGUACGUGUCGCUGCGCAUCCGCGCGCCCGAGAGCCACCUGCAGGCCCGCCAGUACUCGCUCAGCGACGCCUGGCGCGAGGACUACUACCGCAUCAGCGUCAAGCGCGACGAGGGCGCGCGCUACGCCAACUCGGUCUCGCGCUCCUACUUCCACCCGGGCCUCGUCUCCAACGCGCUCAUCGACCACACGGGGCCGGGCUCCGUCGUCGAGCUGUCCCACCCGGCGGGCGACUUCUUCUUCGACGUGGCCAACAACACCAGCGCCAUGCCCGUGGUGCUGAUCUCGGCCGGCGUGGGCGCCACCCCGAUGGUGGCCAUCGCCAACACCAUCGCCGCGACCCAGCCGGGGCGCGCGGUAUCCUGGAUCCACGGCUCGCGGCGGUCGGUGCCCUUCGAGGCGCACGUGGCGCGCCUGCGGCGGGAGUGCCAGCCGGCGUUCCGCGCCGCCAUCUUCAAGUCGCGCCCGGCCCCCGGCGACGUUCCCGGCCCCAACGCCGGCUUUGACUUUGUCGGCCGCGUCGACCUCGCCAGGCUCGACCAGGACCGCGACCUCCACCUGCGCAGCUCCGGCGCCGAGUACUACAUCUGUGGGCCGGAGCCGUUCAUGGUGGAUAUGGCUGACUAUCUCCGCACGCGCGGGGUCGGGCCCGAGAGGCUGAAGUUGGAGCUGUUUUCGACGGGGGAACUGGCGUUGAAGAGCUAG